AGUUAUAAAGUAGCCCAGUAUCGUCACAGCGACAUCAGCGGGGACGGAAGUAAUGUUGGUUUAGUUGCUAGCUGCUCACCUAGCCUUAACAAUAGCUUGUGAAUAUUUUCUUACUGUAUCUAUAGCUUUUUAUGUAUAGCAGAAACGUUCAGUGUAACAUUACGAUAACCUAUUUUAGAAAAUAGUUACUUGACUGUUUGCGGUUCUGCGUGUAAAGUGAAUGUAGCUUGGAAAUGACAACGUUAGCGUUAGCCUUUAGCUAGUAGCGUCUGCGAUGGACAGUACCGCUUAACUGAGUGAGCGCCGGUGAAUGAAUACACAGUAUUUACGUGUGACAGGUUGUGAGAAGUUUUAAUUUACAUCAUAUUCAGUCAUGGGUACUGGUGCUGAUGUCAGGGAUAUUCUGGAGUUGACUGGAGGAGAUAAUGACGGUCCCAUCAGCAAGAAAGAUAUCAUCAACUCAGACAAGAAAAAAUCCAAGAAGACAACGGAAACGCUGACCUUCAAGAGACCUGAGGGAAUGCACCGAGAAGUCUAUGCUCUGCUCUAUUCAGAUAAAAAAGAUGCACCCCCUUUGCUGCCAAGUGAUACUACGCAGGGCUACAGGACAGUCAAAGCCAAGCUGGGCUGUAAAAAAGUGCGUCCAUGGAAGUGGAUGCCCUUCACCAAUCCAGCUCGCAGAGAUGGGGCUAUUUUCCACCACUGGAGACGUGUGGCAGAGGAGGGCAAGGAUUACCCUUUUGCCCGCUUCAACAAGACAGUGCAGGUACCAGUGUAUUCUGAGCAGGAAUAUCAGAUGCAUUUACAUGACGAUGGCUGGACCAAAGCGGAGACGGACCACCUGUUUGACCUGUGCAAGCGCUUUGACCUGCGCUUCGUAGUUGUCCAUGACCGUUACGACCACCAGCAAUACAGAAAACGUUCUGUGGAGGAUCUGAAAGAACGGUAUUAUAGUAUCUGUGGUAAGCUGACAAAGGUCCGUGCAGCUUCAGGGACAGAGCCCAAGAUCUACAUCUUUGAUGCCGGCCAUGAAAGGCGCCGUAAAGAGCAACUGGACAAGCUCUUUAAUCGCACACCUGAACAAGUGGCAGAAGAGGAAUAUCUUAUUCAGGAGCUGAGGAAGAUUGAGACGAGGAAGAAAGAGCGUGAGAGGAAGGCCCAGGAUCUGCAGAAACUCAUUAAAGCAGCUGACACAACCACAGAGUUAAGACGAGCGGAAAAGAGAGUUUCCAAGAAGAAGCUCCCACAAAAACGAGAAACCGAGAAACCGGCUGUUCCAGAAACAGCAGGCAUCAAGUUCCCAGACUUCAAAUCAGCAGGAGUCGCACUGCGCAGUCAGAGGAUGAAACUGCCGAGCUCGGUAGGCCAGAAGAAGAUCAAGGCCAUUGAGCAGAUUCUGCUUGAGCAAGGAGUGGAUCUCAACCCCAUGCCCACAGAGGAGAUUGUUCAGAUGUUCAAUGAGCUGCGUAGCGACCUGGUGCUGCUGUAUGAGCUGAAGCAGGCCCACAGCAACUGUGAAUACGAACAACAGAUGCUGCGUCAUCGCUAUGAGGCCCUAAUGAAGGCCGGCAGCGGCGGCAUGUUGGGUGGAACUUUAGGGGCCGGACCAGUCGCUGCAACACAGGGGGGAGAACUAAAUGCCACGAACAGCACCACAGCAUCCACCCCAGGGGGUGAAGCUCCAUCCUGGCCCAGUGCAGAUGACAUCAAAGUGGAGGCCAAGGAGCAAAUUAUUGAUGUUGUAGGAGCACCACUUACCCCCAACUCGCGCAAACGGAGAGAGUCGGCAUCCAGCUCGUCUUCAGUGAAAAAGGUGAAGAAGCCUUGACGAGGACAAGAGCACCAGCUGUUACACGGUGGAGGACAUGGGACCGUGUAAGUUACUGUGUUCACAGUGAAGACACAUGUCUUAUGGUGGGACACAGGGGAGCAGGACACCAGUUUGCUUUUCAUUUACGUAGAAGCACCAAUGACUACACACAAACAACUUUUCACCUCCCAACAAGACCUCUCCAAGCCCUCCCCAUCUGGCCUGCCCAGCAUCUGUGUGACAAAGGCAACAACUGAGUGACAUUUCAUUCCAUUACUGCUCGUCUCCCUGCCUCCACCAUCGCUCAGCCUUAGAUGAGGCAAGAUCAACUGUAAAUUGCCAGGCUGAGCUAAUCGGGACAUGGGGAAGAAGGUGGGAGUGACUGGGUAAUUGAAAUGAAUUGGAAUGAAAGAAGAGACUUUGGGAGUGGGAGGACCUCGAGCUGCAAAGCUUAUUUGACCCAUCUGAGGUUUCUUUGGAGCCUAAUCACGCCAUAGUGUUUACUGGAAAUGUGUUUUUGUGUUAGCCUUUAGUACCUCCCGUAGCUCCCCUUGACCCAGUGUGCGUCUCGCUCGCUCUCUGAUAGGCGGUGGUUCCAUCUGCUGCUCGUCCUUCAUGUUGAGCUAGUGAGGCUGAUUUGUGUUGUUUGUCCUCAGGUGACCUUGGAAGAUGCUUUAGUCAAUGAUUCAAUAAACCUCGUUGUUGUGUUUUUUUCUU